GGAAAGAGGAGCAUCGACGGGGGUCGCGCGUCGCAUCACCGCACUUCCCUUUCGUUGUCUGUUGCUGUUGUUGUUUGUUGUUGCAGACAACGGGAGGUCGGACUCCGCCAUAGCCAGUCAGUCCGUUCUCACUCUCUCCUCUCCCCCUCCCCCUCCCUCCCCUGUUGCCCUGUUGCCCUGUUGCCCUUCGCACCGGUGGAUGCGUCACCUCUCGUGUACCUCUCUCCAUGGCACAGCAGCAGCAGCAGGCCGGCCCUCCUGGCGCAGGCCGCGGUCGCGGUAUGACACUCCCUGCUUGGAUGACAGGUGGCCCACCGUCUCCAGGAAUGCCGCCAGGCGGAGGUCCACCGCAAGGUCACCUUCAAACUAAUCCAGGAGCUGUUGGAGCUAUGCCUCCAAGGAUGAUGGGAAUGGGUCCAUCUGCACCGACCUCCACUUUCCAGAGUGCACCACAAAUGCCGUAUCGGCCUGGAGGCCCUCCUCAACAGGGUCAGCAGUUCAUGGGUCCUGGUGGUCAGCAAUAUCAUCCUAGCGUGGGUAUGGGUCCUCCACAACAGCUAGGCAUGCCUCCUAAUAUGCAAGGGAUGAACCCCCAACAACCUCAACAGUUUUCUACACGGCCACCAGCACAACAAUCUCAGGGCCAACCAUCAUCACAAAGCUCGGGGAUGCCAUUUGGGGCGCAGCCAAGGCCUAUAUCUUCAACACCUCUACCUCCCCAGGCUCAGCAGCUGCAGCAGCAGCCUUCAUCACAGCAACAGCAACAGCAACCUGUGCCGCCACCUUCUGGCCCAGGCAAUCAUGCAUUGCAACCAGCAUCUUCUUACCCUCAGUUCUCGUCUACAUCUUCCUUUUCGCAACCUGCAGUAUCGUAUGGCUUAGCUCCCCCUUACCAAGUUCCAACUCAAAUGCAAAUCCAGCAACCACAGCCUGGCAGUCAGCCGUGGUCUGGGGUUGGAGGGCAAACUAGCUCUCAUUCUGCUUCAUUGCAAUCUGUACAACCUCCACCAUCAUCUGGGCUUUCGAUUGCUGUUCCUUCACCUGGUGCGGCGGAUUGGCAAGAACAUGUAGCUCCUGAUGGUCGUAGAUACUACUACAACAGAAGAACUAAGCAAUCUAGUUGGGAAAAGCCGACUGAGCUAAUGACUCCCAUUGAGCGUGCAGAUGCCUCAACUCCAUGGAAGGAAUUCACAACAGCUGAUGGCAGAAAGUACUAUUAUAAUAAGGUGACGAAGCAGUCAAAGUGGACUAUGCCAGAUGAGAUGAAGCUUGCCCGGGAGCAAGUAGAGAAAUCCGUGGGGCCCGUGUCCCAGGCUGCGGUACUUACUCCCCCAACAUCGGUAAAACAGCCAGCCUCUGCAGCUUUGCCUCUCCCUCAGACAACAAUUUCAAAUGUAGCUGCUAACUCUUUGACGUCUGUUCUUCCGGGUGCUACAACGGCAAACGCGAAGUUGCAAGUGGCGGGUGAUGCAAAGAAAGAUCUGAAGGAAGAGGUCAUGAACGGAACCUCUGCUCAAGAUUUCGAGGUGUUGCAGGAGGCAAAGAAGGUCAUGCUAGUUACCAGCAAAAUUAACAUCUCUCCCGUCUUAGAAGAGAAACCCUCUCUUGUUUCCGAGGAGCCACAAACCUAUGCCAGCAAGACUGAGGCCAAGAAUGCAUUUAAGGAACUACUUGAGUCGGUCCAUGUCGAGGCAGACUGGACAUGGGAACAGGCUAUGCGAGUUAUUAUCAAUGACAAAAGAUAUGGUGCUCUGAAAACACUUGGAGAGCGCAAGCAGGCUUUUAAUGAGUAUCUAGCUCAUCGGAAAAAACAGGAGAGUGAAGAGAAACGUGCGAAGCAAAAAAUUGCAAGAGAACAAUUUCGUGCAAUGCUGGAGGAAUCUAAGGACUUGACAUCAUCUAUGCGGUGGAGCAAAGCUUUUUCAAUCUUUGAAGAUGAUCCGCGGUUUCUAGCCGUUGAGAGGGACCGGGAGCGGGAGGAGCUUUACGAAGAUUACAUGGUGGACUUAGAGCGCAAGGAGCGUGAGAAGGCCCGGGAGGAAAGAAAGAAGUACAUAGCUGAGUACAGAAGCUACCUAGAAAACUGUGGCUUCAUUAAGGCAACCACUCAAUGGAGAAAGGUGCAAGAUCGUCUUGAGGAUGAUGAGCGCUGCUCUCGGUUAGACAAAUUGGAUCGAUUGGAGGUUUUCCAGGAAUACAUUCGAGAUCUUGAGAAGGAAGAAGAUGAAGCGAAGAGAUUACAAAAGGAUCAACUGCGUCGCAAAGAGCGAAAACAUCGUGAUGAAUUCAGAAAGUUGAUGGAUGAGCACAAGGCAGCGGGGAUUCUUACUGCAAAGACUGUGUGGCGAGAUUACUUGACGAAGGUGAAGGACAACAGUGCUUAUCAAGCUGUAGCCUCAAAUACUUCUGGCACCACUCCCAAAGAGUUGUUUGAGGAUGUCGUUGAAGAGCUUGUUAAGCAGUAUCACGACGACAAGGCGAGGGUUAAGGACGUCAUGAAAGCUGGAAAGAUAAGCGUGGGAGGAACAUGGACGUUCGACAAAUUCAAGGCUGCAUAUGCUGAAGCAGGUGACUUGGCGGCGAUAGCUGUACCAAACCUUAAGCUUGUUUUUGAGGAUUAUGUUGAGAGAGCUAAGGAGAAGGAGGAGAAAGAAGCUAAGAAACGGCGUAGGAUGGCGGACGAUUUCACAAAUUUGUUGCGGUCUACCAAGGCUGUGACAUUAUCAUCAAAAUGGGAAGACGUAAGGCCUCUCAUAGAAGACUCUCAAGAAUAUAGGGCUCUGCCGGAUGAUGGACAGCGCAAGAAAUUAUUUGAGGAUUAUGUAAUACACUUGGUUCGUAAAGCCAAGGAGAAGGAUAAGAAAAGAGAAAAGGAAGAAAAGGUCAAGAAGGAGAAGGAGAAGGAGAAAGAAAAAGAGAAGGAAAAGGAGAAAGACAAAGACAAAGACAAAGACAGAGAAAAGAGGAAAGAGAAAGAGAAAGAGAAAGAAAAGGAAAAGGAAAAGGAAAAGGAAAAGUCUAGUCAUGAAAAGAUUAGCUUACAUGUUGACGAGAUGGAAGGAGUGACGAAUCAUUCAUCUCACAAGGAUGAGAGGAGAAAGGACAAAGAUCGUGAUAAGGAUAAGGAACGUGAAAAGAAGCACAGAAAAAGACAUCGAAGUGUAAGCAGCGAAGAGAUAGCGACUGAUAAAGAUCGUGAUGAGAAAGACAGUUCCAGGAAAUCACGCCGCCAUGGUAGUGAUCAUAAAAAAUCCUCAAGAAAGCAUGAAUCAGAAUCUGAAGGAGAUACAAAGCAGAAGCGACACAGGCGGGAUGGUGGGAGGAGAAAUGGAGGACCUGACGAGUUGGAGGAUGGAGAACUUGGCGAGGAUGGCGAAAUUCAAUAGACCCUACGUCAGUAUGAUUGUGUAUUUUCUUGAGCCCCUGCCUUAGAACUGUUGGGUAAUCACUAUUGGUGGUCCAAGAGAAGCUGUAAUGAACUGUUGCUUGCUCCCCUCUUUUUCUGCUUGCUUGGGAGUUCAAUGUUUUGCAACAUUCUCAAAGUUUUCAUGUACAUCUUUGGCCCAUUGAAUUCUGAAGACUUACUCAACUUUGCAUCUGGACUCGAUGUUUCAUACCUUGACCGUUGAUGUAGACAGAUAUUAGUAUCUUAUCUAAGGGAGUAGUCGAAAACUUUUCUGAAAAUUUAUGUCUCGCACACAUUGAACAAACGUUUACUUUAAAGACCUGUUAAAAGUGUUGAUUUAUCUA